CCUUCUUGAGGGACAGUUAGGGUCAACAAAGACUCACCCACAUUGAUUCGUUUUAUCCGUUAACUGAACUCUCACAUAAUGGAUAUUAAAGUGAUACACAUAUUCGGCUGUGUCGUGAAAACGCAGAAUAUUCUCCUGUCAUGGAUAUUUCUGAGUGUGAUGACAGCUGAUUUUUCAAAGGCUCUCAAGCCAACCAGAUCCAGUAUGAAAUCCGAUCAUCCGUCAUCUUUUCGGAGGAUGAAUCAAAAGGAGAAAGGUCACCGAUUCUUUACAGAUCGAGGGUACGCCACCCGUACACCCGAAAUACUUGCCACUAAGAAAAACUACACAGUGAAAAGGGGCAACCUCGCUAUUUUACACUGCACUGUUCAGAAUCUCGGAACGAAGACGGUCGUUUGGAGGCGAUCUUCGGAAGAAAACCCGCUCACUGUUGGAGAAUACACUUACGUAUCCGACGCGAGAUUUAGUACCCAACACAAAGUCCGUCUCGAUCAAUGGAACCUGCACAUUCGAAAUGUAAGUUUGGAGGACGCUGGGACAUAUGAAUGUCAGGUCAGCACCAAGGACAGAAGCAUCAGACGUCAGUUCAAUUUGGACGUUCAAGAUUGGGCCAGAUACCAUGCAGCUAUUAAAAUAACCGGAAAAAAAUUUGUGGAGAAAGGUGAGCCGAUUGUGUUAAAUUGUAAUGCGACCGACUACUACGCACCGCAUGAUAUAGACUGGUUCAAGGACGGUGACAAACUCGAUUCGGAUGAAAUCAAAGGGAUAGAGAUUACCAAGAGUCUAUACCUUUCUCGAAAGACAAUCACAAGCGUGCUGAAAAUCAAGAAAGCUAAUAUGAAAGACGCUGGGGACUACUUGUGCCGGACAUCCGAACGCUACAUUACAACAAUACACGUGCAAGUUUUAAAUGCGGAUACAAAUACCUAUGUAAAAAGAGGAACCCAGUCUGAAUUUUCACGCGACGCCAACAGAGGUCAUAUUAGUGCGCCUGCGAUGUGUGUUCAUUUAUUACUACUGACAUUGAUUCUUCUGUUCCAAACAUGACACCCCUUUUAUUACGACAUUCAAACGACAAGUGCCUUGAUGGGCGAUUCCCGAGGAUAAACUCGUUCUUGGCUAGUUUUGUAGGGAUGUAGGAGUAGUGUUCCGAAUGAAAGUCAGGGGAAAAUGUCCUCGAUAAAUUGCCAUAACGGAACCUACAGAUGAAGCAGAACAAGAUGACGUUCAAUAACUGCAACAGAUUGACCAAUGAAUCUUGUGAAUUGAUAAAGGGUUUUGCCUCAAAUGACAUAUAAAACAAUAUUCGACACAAGAUUAUUUGAAUUUCAAAUAGAUGUUAUUUUCAGGAUGAUGAAGCCUGUUGCGGUGAUGUAAUGCAAUGUUUUUCAAAGUAUUGAACAUAUGCCAAGAAUACACAAACAAAGUGUAUAGGUAUAUAUUGGAUAUGGCUACAGAUUGUAUGUUCAAUGUACAUAAAUAUAUUUUGGUACGAUACUUCUCACUCAUUCCAAUCAACUCAUGUAAUUUUAUCUUGAGAAUGUUCCAUUGAUAGUCUUCAUUCAAACACGCUUGGCAUGAAUUUGCUGUCUUCAGUAAGUUUGCAUAAAUCAUUACUAUUGACAUCAAUCGCUAUGAUGGCUUUAUCGAAAGCAAGUCAUAAAUCAAUGUCACUUACAAAUGGAAUAAAGAAUAUGACAUUUCGGAUUAAAAACUAAUGCUUAUAAAAUAAUAAUAUGUAACUUUUGUUUCGAAGAUACAUUGCAUGCGAUGUAGGGUAAUAAAUAUUUAAUCAGCAAUCAGAGAUGUUGUAUACAACCCUGCAAGUAUAAUCCUAGGUCCCAGGAGUCUUAGAAGAAUAGGACCGAUGAUAUUCUUUUUUUCUCAUUUAACUGAAACUUUAUUUUUAAAUUUAGCAGUCUUUAUAGUUAGCCUUUCAGAUGGUCAUUUCAUGUAUCUGUAGAGAUCUAGUCUAAGGAAUAUAUAUAUACUUAGAUUUGUAUUAUGGUUCACCAUUCGAUAGGAAUGUGUUUUAUACACUACAUUACUUGAUCUAUGUAGAAUUUAUAAGGAAAAUAUUGUGAUGAAUGUUUAUUUAAUCGCUAAAAGGAUAGGUCAUUUAACUGUAUGUACAAAUAUUACAAUGCAGUCUAUAAUCUACAACCAUGUGAGUAAUCUACAUAAAUAUAUGUUCCAUUAUAUAAAUUAGCUAACAUUUGACAAGAGUACAAUUACAUGAAUCAUAAAAUCUAUAUUAUGCUUGUUUUUCGUAAAGAAACGCAAAUUCUUCGGGUUAAUUUUAGACCGGAUGUUAAUGGAUGAGAAAUGAGGACAUGCCCACGUUAAACAACCUAAUUGGGCGAUCAUUGUAUAAAUGGUCACACAGACUUUCAGUAAUAUGGGAGUCAUGUCUCCGGUGUGAAUACUAUUGCACGUGAUCCCUUAACAUAGUGUGUCUUGGACAUGUAUUAAUGGGUUGUUACUAACAUGACGGGUACUAUCUAACAAAGGACCGUAGUUAGCAGCUUUUGAAGUAAACAGAGUAUAUCAGUGAAGUCGUGGAUAGCUAUUACUCAUUAGUUCAGCUGAUCUGUGAAAGCAAUUUACCAACAGUAGUCGGAGGUAAAUUUAAAUGUGUUUAUAUAGGCAAAGAUAUUGCUUACCUUACACUAUAAAACUAGAUAUAAAUAAACUCGGAUUAAAGCAUUAUAAUGUGCUAAUAGAUCUGUGUGAAUAUUUUGCGCAUAAAAUCAAUACAUAUAUGUUGCCAAUAUUUUGGAACGUCAUAGCUGUCGUAUGUGUUUUUUUAAUUGCAUUUGGUUGCUUUUAGUUAUGUAUUCUGACUCUAUGGUCAUAUACCAUUGUUCAGGUAGUAUGUUAAGUGGUUGAAGAAUUAAAUGCAACCUCAAUAAGGUGUUGGUGUUUUAGUACAUGCUAUAGAUAUAAACUAUCAUUCCGUGGUCCUAUUAUCACCUUCAGUAGUUUAAUGAUUACGUGAUGUAGCUUGUACCAUGGAUUGUGGGGGUAGUUUUCUUUAUAAAAUAAAAGCAACAGCAUACAAUUAAAUUUAAACACUGAAGACAUUUAUGCCACUCCACACUCUACAUACAAAUUAAUAGAACGUUUGGUGAAAUGCUUUCAUGUCACAAUACAUUAAUAUGUGCAAUUGAAGAAAUAUCAUUUUAACAUACACGUUUAAACUGUAUACUUAAGUUUAAGAUCGCUCUUAUUUUUAAAUGUACCUAUUUGUCAUAAUACACUAAACUAAAAGCAUUGUAAAAAUCAAAUUUCAUUGUGUGUUUUUAU